GGUUUAUUUUACCUCUGUUACUUGGGGUAUCGUAACUCUCUGACUGGCAAGUUGGUUUGUCUCUAGAGAGUUGAUAGAGGUGUAAGGAGAAAAGAGUGAACAUGAAUCCUCUUUUGCAGUGGGGAAUUGAGAACAGCGACUUAGACGCGUUGAGGGCGUCUGCAGAAAAACUGAAGGAGGAGGGAACCGUCUCUCGUUUAGACAAGGAAAAGUCAGAAAUUCUGAACGUCAUUUUAGAGAGCGAUGGAGAGAGGUUGAAGAAGUACUUGUCGAGGCUGCCUCCGUCUUUUUCUAGGGAGGAACGUUUGGAGGCAUUGAAGGGUCUUCAGUAUUUGACCGAGGACAUCGACAACGCCAUUCUUUUGGACCAACAGGAAGGUAGCAUUUCGUCGCUUCAAUCUUUGCUGGAGGAGCGCGAUCCCGCGAUUCAGUCUCACGCGGCGUGGGUGUUGGCCACGUGCUUGCAGAACAACCCGUCUUUCGUGUCGUCGUUUGUGGUUGGUCACAACGGGUUGAAGCAGUUGAUCAAGUGCACGUUUGACACAGACGACUCGGAGGUGAGGGCGAAGCUGUUGUCGGUGCUGUGCGGUUGUCUGCAGUCUCUGGAUGGAGUUUUGGACACGUUUUUGGAGUUGGACGGGUGUUCGCUGUUGGAGUACGUGUUGGAGUUGGAGGGGGAUUGGACGAGCAAGAGGAAGUUGGCGUUCAAAAUUGGCCGGAUGAGUUUGGAGAACGCGGAAUUUGCCGAGCUGGUUGGAAAGAGAAAGAUCUUGGACAGCUUGGUGAGAAUGGCGCUGCAGGGAGACGACGUGGAUGCUCAAGAACAGGCAUUGCGGGCAAUAAGAGAAAUCGUGAGGAGGCGGCCGAGUACGAGAGGAGUUCUUGACGAGAGGGGGUUGAGACAGUCUUUGGUGGAGUUGGCAGCCGAGAUGAAGAACCACGAGUGGAGGAGUUGGGUGGACGAGAUAGUUGGGCGAGGAUAGACGUGUUUUUUUAAGGGGGUGGAGAGAUUUGUGGUUUGUUAAGAUAAAACAAUUUUUUCGGCA